AUGAAUGGGUUUGAGUCUUGUAUUUCACGCAUCGAUUCGUUGAAUAGAUCAGUGGUGCAUAUUGGAUGUGGCCAAGUGAGAUCCGUACUUUUUGUCCACUUUUUCAAGCAUGCUUCACAUGCAGGAGCAGCAACAUACAAAGUGAUGACCACCGUCAUGGUAAAUUCGGAAACCGAUGAAAAAGACACAGGCAGCUCCGUAGACCUUUGUGAAGAACCUUCCAUUGAUCUUUGGGGGAACAAACUGUCGCACAUAUGGCGUUGGGUGAUGAUUGUGGUGUGCGCCAGCUGCCAUGUUGCAAGCAGUUGA